AUGUCCUCACUCUCUGGGGUUUACUCCCUCACUUUGGGGUCGGCUCCCUCAGUCUCCCUCGGCCUCCGGGGUCGACUCCCUCGGCCUCCGGGGUCGACUCCCUCGGCCUCCGGGGUCGACUCCCUCGGCCUCCGGGGUCGACUCCCUCGGCCUCCGGGGUCGACUCCCUCGGCCUCCGGGGUCGACUCCCUCGGCCUCCGGGGUCGACUCCCUCGGUCUCAACUCCCUCGGUCUCCGGGGUCAACUCCCUCAGUCUCCGGGGUCAACUCCCUCAGUCUCCGGGGUCAACUCCCUCAGUCUCCGGGGUCAACUCCCUCAGUCUCUGGGGUCAACUCCCUCAGUCUCUGGGGUCAACUCCCUCAGUCUCUGGGGUCAACUCCCUCAGUCUCUGGGGUCAACUCCCUCAGUCUCUGGGGUCAACUCCCCUCAGUCUCUGGGGUCAACUCCCUCAGUCUCUGGGGUCAACUCCCUCAGUCUCUGGGGUCAACUCCCUCAGUCUCUGGGGUCAACUCCCUCAGUCUCUGGGGUCAACUCCCUCAGUCUCUGGGGUCAACUCCCUCAGUCUCUGGGGUCAACUCCCUCAGUCUCUGGGGUCAACUCCCUCAGUCUCUGGGGUCAACUCCCUCAGUCUCUGGGGUCAACUCCCUCAGUCUCUGGGGUCAACUCCCUCAGUCUCUGGGGUCAACUCCCUCAGUCUCUGGGGUCAACUCCCUCAGUCUCUGGGGUCAACUCCCUCAGUCUCUGGGGUCAACUCCCUCAGUCUCUGGGGUCAACUCCCUCAGUCUCUGGGGUCAACUCCCUCAGUCUCUGGGGUCAACUCCCUCAGUCUCUGGGGUCAACUCCCUCAGUCUCUGGGGUCAACUCCCUCAGUCUCUGGGGUCAACUCCCUCAGUCUCUGGGGUCAACUCCCUCAGUCUCUGGGGUCAACUCCCUCAGUCUCUGGGGUCAACUCCCUCAGUCUCUGGGGUCAACUCCCUCAGUCUCUGGGGUCAACUCCCUCAGUCUCUGGUGUCGACUCCCUCAGUCUCUGGGGUCCUCUUCUGUUCGAAUCCUCCACAAACAAAGACGGAUCUUUGA